UCCGGGGCGCCGGCGCCUGGUUUUUGCGUCGUUUCCUGGCGGCGCCGAACGAAGGCAACGGCCCACGCAGCAACAUGCCCAAGUUUUAUUGUGACUACUGCGACACAUACCUCACCCAUGACUCUCCAUCUGUGAGAAAGACACACUGCAGUGGUAGGAAACACAAAGAGAAUGUGAAAGACUACUAUCAGAAAUGGAUGGAAGAGCAGGCUCAGAGCCUGAUUGACAAGACAACGGCUGCAUUUCAACAAGGGAAGAUACCUCCCACUCCAUUCUCUGCUCCUCCUCCUGCUGGGGCAAUGAUCCCACCUCCUCCCAGUCUCCCGGGCCCUCCUCGCCCUGGUAUGAUGCCAGCACCCCACAUGGGAGGCCCUCCCAUGAUGCCAAUGAUGGGCCCACCUCCUCCUGGGAUGAUGCCUGUGGGACCUGCUCCUGGAAUGAGGCCACCAAUGGGCGGCCACAUGCCCAUGAUGCCUGGGCCUCCAAUGAUGAGGCCUCCUGCUCGUCCCAUGAUGGUGCCCACUCGGCCAGGAAUGACUCGGCCAGACAGAUAAGAAUACAGGGUGUGUGUGUGUGGGGGGGUUACCAGUUUUGUAUUAUUUGUUCGACCUCACCAGGAGAUCAUCGUGCCGUGACUCUGGGUGUUUUCCAACAGCAUGACAAGGAAGACUUGCUUCCUUUUAUCAAGAGAACAGAUUUGGAGGAGAGAAGUGGGACAAAAAGAACAGAUUUCAUUUGUAUUGUGAAAUGUGAAAAUAAAACUGUCAGCUCUUUUA